AUGGUCGUUGGGUUCCGGCCACAUCGAGGGUGUAGGAUCCAUGGGGAACGCAAGAUUGAAAGAACAUUACAAGUUUCAAUCUAUAGGCGUAAGAUCAUCAUGCCUCCACAAAGAAAAGUUCGAGGUCGUCCAUUUAGAAGAAAUGUAGAGGAUUCCUGGGCACUCAAUGGACAAAACGUGCAACCUCAAGGAGAGAAAGAGGGCAGAUAUGAGGAUAUACCACCUCCUAGUUGGGCCUGCUUUGAUGAAGCCUUCUUAAGGCGUUUCUUUCCCCGAGAACUGAAGAAAGCAAAGGUAUGGGAGUUCCUUACUUUGAAACAAGACUCCUUGAGUGUUCAUGAGUAUGGAUUAAAUUUUACCCAACUGUCUCGCUAUGCUCCUGAGAUGGUUAAGGAUAUGAGGAGCAGAAUGAGCUUGUUUGUUUCUGGUUUGGGUUGUGCUUCAAGCAAAGAAGGUAAGGCUGCAAUGUUGAUUGGAUACAUGGACAUUUCAAGGUUAAUAGUCUAUGUGCAACAAGUUGAAGAAGAGAAGCUGAGGAAUAAGGAGGAGUACAGGAACACAAAAGCUAAUACUGGAAUGAAUUUGAUCAAGAAAAAACUAGUUCAAGUCGACCACAUUUAA